ACGUCUCUCACGUUAUGAUCAGAGGCAACAACCAGGCCAAUCUGGUUCCCAGAGAAAAGGCGAAGGGAGCUGAUGCUACAGUUUCAGCCGAGAUUGGGAUAAUCUGCUUUUGAGUCCCGGCCAAAUUCCACGGAGUCCGCGGCCAGGCCAGCCGGGCUUCUCCCCGCCUGGGCGCGGGCUGCAACUGCCGAGUCAGGGCAGCAGGGUCGGUCCAGGCAGCGCGCCCGCCUGCAAGAGCAGAAGAAGCCCAGUCCCCCGGACCAGGGUCGGGGGGUGGUCCAGCCCUGAGACCACUUGGAAAUGGUACUCGCCCCGCGUCAUUCAUGCCGCUGCACUCUAGUACUUAAAAUAAUUGGGGGGAUGGCUCAGUGUCUCCAAUCAGUCGUCACCGUUUAAUUUGCUAGUUGGGCUCGCUUUUACUAAAGUCUCGGGCGUCUGUCAAUCCCCUUGUUAUCACCAACGCCGCGGGCCCAGAAGCACAAAGAAGUGAUGGGCGUUAAGGUCCUACAGCGAGGGCCUUGCUUCUCAUCUCAGCUAGCCUCUGUCUGCCGGCAAUUCUCAGAUGACUUCCUUGGGUGGGAAUAACAAUUCACUUUCCGUAGGAGAAACGUGGAGAGCCUUCGAGCGGCUCCGCUGCAGCCUUGCCCUUGUGUGCGUGUGAGGGUGCGUGGGCCCGAGACGAGCUUGGGGACAGGAAGGGGCCGGACGCGGACUCAGCGAGGACGUUGGAAUCUGGGCUCCACCUGGCACGUCCAACGUCCGGGUCGCCGAGAUGGAGAGGGUCGGUGCCUUACAGCGUCUCUCCCUCCCUCUCGGGGCUGUCUUGCAAAAUGUCCCGAUACUCAAGAAGUACUGGCAGGGGCGCGGGGCAGGGGGGAGCGUGUGCCGCCUCUCAGUGGGUAUCGGCAAUGUCCAGCAGAGAGGAUUUCGCGGAGAGAGGCGCUGUUUCCCUAGAACUUCCUUCCGGCUUCGCCGCGAGAAAACGCUUUCCACUCGAGAAGGAAGAUCGCUCUAGACGCAUUUGGACCUUCUUCCCCAGCGGGACAGAGAAUCCCAGACUCGAAGCUGGGGGUUAUAGGAAGAGACGGGGCAGAUACACUUUGUAACGGGGCGGUGCCACCUAACCAGUUCCGAUAAAGGCUGCAAAGAGCGAAACCAGGUUUUGCUGGCGGGGACCCCGGUCCUCGUCCAGCGCCCCGUCACCUCCCACGGCAGCCUCUCCCAAGCCCUUAAACUGGGUCCGUGCUGGGGGCCACGCAUCACCGCCCUGCGUGUGUGACCUGGACCGAAACCUGAGCGGGGCGGGCCGCGGUUCCGGGAAGCUCCCUGCGCCUCCUGUAGCGCGGCGGGGGCAGCACGCGGCGCCCCUGUUCGCCCCCGCCCCCGCCCCGAGCACACAGACACACCCUCCGGCAUGGGGUGCGCGGGAAAGGGCCGGGGACCCCACAGCAGCGCCGAGGGCGCCGGCACCUUAGGAAAUACGAGCUUCCCUCGGCGGCCGGGGGCGGAGGCAGGGUCGCCCUUUCCAGCUCCGCGUCGGGGCACCCUCUACCCCCGGCUGCCGGGUCCCCAGGUCGGAGGGAACUCGGGGGUGUUUUUCCACGUUGUGGGCCGGGCCGCGCAGCCGGCGGUGGCCCCCGGGAGGCGUGGCGAGACCUACCCCGCUCCCCGCGCGCCCCACCCCAGUCCCACCUCCAGCUCCGCCCAGCGCCCCGAGGGCAAGCGGGGGGAGGCCGGAAUUUCCCCUCGCGGGGGCUCGGGCAGCCUUGCAAGCCGGCGGGCUCUUUCUGUUUACGGAGAGAAAGGGGAAAUGGAAGAGGCGGGGAGGCGGCGGCUGGAGUCCGCUGCGCCGCCCCUCGGCCGGCCCAGAAGCUGUGAGUCAGGGGCCGACGAGGGCAGCCCGGGCGCGCGGGAGGCGCGGGGCUCACUCGACCGCUCGGGCCCGAACAGCGCGCCAACGCUCCGGGGCCGGUAGCCCUGGUUCCCGCUCCUGCCGACGCCGGACCUGGGGACCCCGGCGCGCCCGGCUCCCGGGGGCCGCCCGCCAGCUGCGCCGCGAGCCGUCGGGGGACGGCGGCGGGGCCGCGCGGAGGCCGCAGACUCUCUGGAGAGCCUGACAGUGAUGGAGUUCAUGAGCACUGGAAGUGACAGCAAAGAAGAAAUCGAUUUAUUAAUGAAGCAUUUGAACGUGUCUGAUGUAAUAGACAUUAUGGAAAAUCUUUACGCGAGUGAAGAGCCUGUGGCCUACGAACCCAGUCUGAUGACCGUGUGUCAGGACAGCAAUCACGAGGAGGAGGGGCGUGCCGACUCCGUGCUGCUCAGCGGCCAGGAGGGGCCUUGGCUGUCAUCGGUCCGAUACGGAACCGUGGAGGACUUGCUUGCGUUUGCAAACCACAUAUCCAACACCGCCAAGCGUUUGUACGGACACCGACCGCAAGAAUCUGGAAUUUUAUUAAAUAUGGUAAUCACUCCCCAGAACGGACGCUAUCAGAUAGACUCUGAUGUUCUUCUCAUCCCUUGGAAGCUGACUUACAGGAACAUUGGCUCUAAUUUUAUUCCUCGGGGGGCCUUUGGAAAAGUGUACUUAGCACAAGACAUAAAAACUAAGAAAAGAAUGGCGUGUAAAUUGAUCCCAGUAGACCAAUUUAAGCCAUCUGACGUGGAAAUCCAGGCUUGCUUCCGGCACGAGAACAUCGCUGAGUUAUACGGCGCGGUUCUAUGGGGCGAAACCGUCCAUCUCUUUAUGGAAGCAGGCGAGGGAGGGUCUGUCCUGGAGAAACUGGAGAGCUGUGGACCCAUGAGAGAAUUUGAGAUUAUUUGGGUGACAAAGCAUGUUCUCAAGGGACUUGAUUUUCUGCACUCGAAGAAAGUGAUUCACCAUGACAUUAAACCUAGCAACAUUGUUUUCAUGUCCACAAAAGCUGUUUUGGUGGAUUUUGGUCUAAGUGUCCAAAUGACUGAAGAGAUCUAUUUUCCUAAGGAGCUGCGAGGAACAGAGAUUUACAUGAGCCCGGAGGUGAUCCUGUGCAGAGGCCAUUCGACCAAAGCAGACAUCUACAGCCUGGGGGCCACGCUCAUCCACAUGCAGACGGGCACCCCGCCCUGGGUGAAGCGCUACCCACGCUCCGCCUACCCCUCCUACCUGUACAUAAUCCACAAGCAAGCGCCUCCUUUGGAAGAUAUCGCUGAAGACUGCAGUCCUGGCAUGAGAGAGCUGAUGGAGGCCGCUCUGGAGAGGAACCCCAGUCACCGCCCCAGGGCAGCAGACCUGCUGAAACACGACGCCCUGAACCCCCCUAGGGAGGAUCAGCCCCGCUGUCAGAGCCUGGACUCUGCCCUCUUUGAGCAGAAGCGGCUGCUGAGCCGCAAGGAGUUGGAGCUUCCUGAGAACAUCGCCGAUUCUUCAUGCACAGGGAGCACCGAGGAAUCGGAGGUGCUGAAGAGACAGCGUUCUCUCUACAUAGACCUUGGGGCCCUGGCUGGCUAUUUCAACCUUGUCCGGGGUCCACCAACGCUAGAAUACGGCUGAUGGAUGGCGGCAUUUGCCCUAAAUUAGGACUCAGCAUUUGCUGGUCUCUGGGAAGCUGAUUCUGCUGACUCCGCGCAGGGGCUCUGUCAAGUGAAUUGUGCGUUUAUCGGCUGGGCUCCCACGACUCAUGGACGUGACUCCACGUGGCUCCUGUGUGUUGAUCUGUGAAGCUGCCCGGGGCCCCAUCAGGCUGGAAGGUUCUCAUUUCUCAGGUGGUACGUCUGACUCAAAGGAAGCUGAGAGUUCACCGAAGGAUCAUUUCCAGUGGCUGAUUCCAUUCACUGUGCACUUUGCUCAAAAUUUUAAAAAUACCAAUCACAAGGAUAAUAUAUUAGCCUGAAAUUACUAUUCUCGGUUCUAAUUUAAGUAUGGGAAGUUCAUUGAACUCAGAAUAGUUUGGUGUAUAUUAGUAUGUAUUCUAUGAUAACUCUUUGAGUCUUUGUCAGUAAACCCCAAUAUAAAUGAAAAUAUUGUAGCAAUGAGCUGGACUAGUGUCUUAAAAAUGGCUGAUGAGUUAGGAGCCGUCUGGCGGCAGGCCACUAGAGAUGGGUUCUGUUACGUUCCUAUGGAAACAUUUUGUACUGUACGUGCUAUGCUUCAAACAUUUAAAACGUGAUGUUUUGAAUGUGGAUAAAACUGUGUUAAACCACAUAAUGUCUGUACAUCCCAAAGGAUGAGAAUGUGACCUUUAAGAAAAAUGGAACCAUUUAUAAAUUCUUAAUAAUGUGACUUUUAUAACUCUUAUUUCUCUCUUUUCUUUAAAGCAUUUGUAUAUUAAAAUAGCAUACUGUGUAUGUUUUAUAUCAAAUGCCUUCAUGAAUCUUUCUUAUUAUAUAUAUAUAUUUAACACUGUAAAGUAUGUGAGUAUUCCUACUUCAAAGUAU